GGUUCAUGUUUGAAGCUCCUAUUGUAAACAUUAUCAUCUGUAUAACAACAUGAAAGCAACAAAAAUACUUGAAUACUUGACGAAGAUGGUGCAGUCACGGACUUUAAUUGUUGAUCAAGUUAGGUUUUACUUUAUAUUGGACAUUUCAUACCGUCAAUACUAAAUUGACAAACGUCACCGAUAAUCGAAUGUAAUUGGCAAUGCAUUGCGGCAUUUGAUCGAUCGAAUGAAUUCAUUGCUCCUGAUUAGACAGCAAUUAACUAAAAUCGUAUGCCAUAUGUUGCACCGUCUAUGAUAUGAACAGGUGCUGGAACUAAAUACUAUUAAAUUUAUUCGUCGGUGAUUUUAAUUCCUCUGAUCAAAUAAUUAUUCCAAGAUAUCUUGAAGAUCUUAUUUGAUGAAAUUACUGGGUCUUAUACCUAAUUGCAAUAAAAUUCUACUAAAAUUUAAUACUUUGACAUGUAGGUCUUUGAUUUUAUACAUACCUAUAAGACAACAUGUAGGUAAUAUAUUUAUCGUUGAUGUUAAGACAAACAUGAAAUGUUAUUAAUAUUCCGAACAAGUUCUCUAAACAAGCAGACCACCUCAACAAUGUAAUAAUCUUGUAUCAUAGUCUAUACAAAUGAGACAAAGCUCCAAAUAAUCUUAAACACAAAUGUAGGUUACAUUAAACAAUACGGUAUGAACCCUACGCCCUCAGUGGUGGUACUCCGUCAUACCUCUCUCGGUACCCGCGGCAGACGCACGUCCCGCGCCGCGAUUCGGACCGGUUCGAAUACGUAGUUUUAAAAAGUUAAAGUGACAGUGCUUUUCGCGGGAGGCAAAUCAACGCGGUUUAAAAAUAAAAACAACGUUCCAAAUUGAAAAAUGUUCCGUUACUGGUUGUGUUUUGUUUUUUUCCUGGCGGGUAACUGCGGUGCGAAUAACUGUAGGGACGCCAACCUUUGCUGUCCGGGGCGGGACAGUGCAUGUGUGGUGCAGAAGGCGCAUCAGAACGCGAUAAUCGAGGAUUUGACCGACAAGCCGUGCUACUGUGACCACGCGUGCUUGAAGUUGGGAGACUGCUGUUCGGAUUUUAGAGAGACUUGCGGAGUGGUCGACUGCGACGUGUCGCCCUGGGGCGCGUGGUCCACAUGCGACACGCGCUGCGGCGCCGGCAGCAUGGUGCGCACGCGUCGCGUAAUUCGGUCUCCAGCACGAGGCGGCCGCCAUUGUCCCUCACUCGUUCAGAGGCGCGCAUGCCAAGAACAUCAGGGAUGUCCGCAUGACAGCAUGUUGAUGCAGCGAGACGAGACGGCGAUGAUCUUACCUGGCGCGUUGUCCGUCAGCCGCCACUUCAACGCGACCUCCGAUAUCCGCAAGAAUCUGCGUAUGCGCAACCCGGAUGACCCCGAGGCCAACGCGCACAGAGAAUACUGCGUGGAGUUCCAAGUGACCAAGGUGUCGAAAGCCUGCCAUCUGGACUCGGACUACAAGGCGCUGAGAGAAGGCGAGAAAGUCUGCGUACUUUGCGAAGCCGCAGCCCUCCGUCGGGACCUAAAAUGGCGCUGCGGCGGACACGGCGUCACCGGGCACUCCACCCGUUUCUACGCGCUGGUGGCGCCGCACUGCCGCGGCAAGUGGCAGCGCGCCGGCAGCCCGGACAAGCGUGAGCACUGCUGCGCCAACCCUAACUUCAUAUUCGUGUAAAUGCUUAGCUAGUACUUGUAAAUGAGUUUUGAGAUACAAUAUCAGAUUUAAAUUAGGGAUUGGCUUACAUUCUUAGUUGGCAACUUCAAGGUAAUCUAUUUUUUCUGUAAACACAUUUAGUGUGACCCUUUUUUGUGAGUAUGAGUUAAGUUUGUUUUGUGAAAUCCAUUGCAAUUUUAAAAAAUCGCAUAGGUAGAUGUUACAGAGCCAGAACUACUGCAUUGUGCACUAAUCGUUGGUAUAGUGACGCGCCACGUGACGUAAGCGCCAACCGCGUGGGACGUCACAUAGUGCCCCGCGCUCUAAUGGCUAUACGCGCUUCGCGAACAUGAACAUGUCGCACUCUGAUUGAUCUGAUUGUCGCUUUCUAUCUAACCAGCAAAAUUGUACGGUGUAAUUCUAUUGUUUGUUAAAAAUAUUAAAAUACCGGUUAUAUUUUUCUGAUAAGUAUAGAAAAUCAUAAAAAGCUAAAAUGGCGCGAGCACUACUAUAGUUCGUGUCAUCCACGAUGACGCGCAGAUUUGUCAAAUCUAACCUUUAAUGAAAUAAUAAUACGAGUCAAGGCAUGAGUCGUCGUGAAUGACACGAUCUAUACUAAGAUAAACUUUUAAUAUAAUGUAUGAGUUUUUUGACAUCCUUAUACAUCAGAGUUGCUUGUCUUAGUUGUCUUAAUGGUAGUCUUUUUUUUGUUAAAAACAUAUGAUUUAAUAUGAGUGCCGUUUAAGAUUUUCUUUUGUUUGUAAAAUCCAUUGCAAUGCAAAAAUAAUGAUUAGUAGGUAUUAAAAGCUGUCUAUCUAAUUACCUCAAUUAUAUGCACUAAUGUUUUGUAUGCACCAGUUCAGUGAAAAAUAACGAUAAUACUUUUUCUGUUAACGUAACGCAACUUUUGUAUAUAUCACUCCUAAAUAGAAACAUAUAUAAAAUAAAUUGUAUUAUCUCCAUUAUCUAUUUACUUUCUAAUAUAAAAUAAAUUACACCCUUACUUCGCAAAAAAGUUGUUAUACUUGUCAACCUAAACGUACAGAAAACCAUCAAAAACAAGUUACAUCUGUGCCACUCUAAAUUGCGUAUCUAUUUUUACAACCGCAAACUCCGAACCCUUACGAAGUUAUAAUGCAGUUUCAGAAUAGUCCCAUUCUUCGAGCUCCCCAUUGAUUUUACAAAGUAUCUAACUUCAAUCAAUCCACGUACCACGGACCACACCCGAAAAAAAACUUUAACUCUAUGAGGUUAGGGUUGAAAACCUUUUGAUCGUGUUUUGCUUGAUUUUGACUAGAGAAAAUAUAUAUGGCAGGUACUAUCAUGCUUCAGUGGGCAAGGGAUGCGUUCCACUCGAAUAAAAAGUCUGGAAGUUGGUAAUCUAUACGGAUCUAUUCUGUACCGGUUCAAUUUACUUCAGCCGAAAGGGUACAGUGUAUAGACCUAAAGGCAUUCUUAUAUAAUCGUAAGGUCGCGAGAAAGUUCUAAAGGCUGUUUACUACAUACCUUGUUAUAAAAUUGCUAUUAUUACCCCUCUUACCUCAUUUUAUAGGACUUAAUGUAAGCCUCCAUGUCAGCAUGAAAAGCGUAUCGAACUGAUAAGAAUGAUUGAUGAUAAUGGACAUUGAAUUUUUUUAUUUCGCUCGACAUUCUGCGGUCAUUAUGUUCAUUGAUAACUUUAUUUCGAACAUGUAAAGGGCUUUUGUUUAAUGCCCUGUUAUUUUUUAAGGGCUGAACUAAAAAAAAAAGUUACAGCCAGAGGCGAAGUUUUUCCCAGUGCUAAAUUAAACAUACCUUGCAGGCAUACAAGGCAUUACAGGCAAGGCUUGUAGGCAUAGGUAUGUAGCAGACUUUAUGGUUAAGAAAAUUCUUUUAGGCGGGUAUUACCUCGUUGUGUUAGUAAACAUUUACUGGUAAAUACAUAAUAUAUCAUUGUUGCAGCCUACAUAUUUGCCGUCGUCAUAAAAAUAUACAUGCUCAUAUUAUUGUUGAUGUGUCUUCUUGUUCAAGACGUGUUUAAUUUUAAAUACAUUUUACGAAUCAAGCCAGUAAAUAGUCAAGCAAAUUUUGAGUAGCACAAUAACUUCUUGCCUCAUUUAAGAGGUACAGCUUCCUCCAAUAAGAUUUUGAGUACUUGGAUCCCGAGCAACCAACUUAGGUAUUUAUAAUUAUGGUCUAAUAAGUCUUUUGUAUUCAGUAAAAGCAAACACAAUCGGUGUGUAAAACAAUGUUAUACACAAAUCGUGUUUUAUUUCAUAAAGCACACACGUUUUUAUCAUAUUUUUAUUUUGCUGGCUUCGUUCCCAUUCUCCCGCAGAAUUGGGCACGAGGAAAAUAAAUAAGCAUUAAAAUUUCAGUGGAUUCGAUAUUUAUUGCCAGUUCGAUUGAAACAUAUUGACUGUACUUGCAUUUUUAUGGCAGCUUAGUUUUAAAUUUAUUUUUGCAUCCAAUAAACUAACUGAAUUGAAAAUAAACCUUUUACUUAGUUGAGCGGAAUCCUUUGAUAGUAGAUUUAAUAUGAUUCAGCUCAUUAACCAAUUUACUAACGUAUAUUUAAUUAUAUUUCAUAGAGCGCUGGUGGCCUUGCGGUAGGAGCGUCCGACUUGCAAUUCGGAGGUUGCGGGUUCAAACCCCGGCUCGUACCAAUGAGUUUUUUCGGAACAUAUUAAAUUUAUUAUUUAUUUUAUAUUUACCAGUUACUUUCGGUGAAAUAAAGGCCUACUUUAUCCUCUGAGUCACUCUGGGUUGGAAGGUGAGAUGGCAGUCGUUUUCGUAAAAAGUAGUACUUACACUAGUCUUGGAAUUAGUUGCCAAGCGGACCCCAGGCUCCCAUGAGCCCUGGCAAAAAAUACCAGGACAACGCGAGGAAGAAGAAGAAGAUAUAUAUUAUAUAUCUAUAUAUCAUGUUGUACAGUCUGCAUCAAAAAUGUAUCAGACUUUGCGUAUAAAAUAUCAUAGCUUAUCAAAAAGAGAUGUCUCUACAUAUAGAAGGAGAUAUUGUUGUAGAUAAUUUUGAACGUAAACUGACGUGAUACAGUUAUCUCUAAGUAUUUGAAAACGAGUUCGAGGGUGGCAGGUAUUCCUGGCGCGUUUUUUCAUACGCUAUUGAUGCAGACUGUACACGAUGAUCUUUGCUGAUCAAUUUCUAAGAUUUAAAUCUUUCUAGCGGUUGUCCCAUCUUAUUGCCACUGCUCAUGGAAGCCUGGGGCCCGUUUGGCCACUAAUCCAUAGUAUCGGAAUAGGCAAUAAUUUUUACGAAAGUGACUGCCAUUUGACCUUUCCACUCUGAGGGGAACUAGGCCUUAUUGGGAUUGGUCCGGUUUCCUCGCGAUGUUUUCCUUCACCGAAAAGCGACUGGUAAAUGUCAAAUGAUACUUCGUACAUAAGUUCCGAAAACUCAUUGGUACGCUGGGAUUUGAACUCGCGACCUCCAGAUUGAAAAUCGCACGCUCAUACCGCUAGGCUACCAACGCUUUUGUAUGAAUUGAAUUUCUAAGUUUAAUUUUAGAAAACCUUUAGUGUAAAGGCACCACAAUCCCAUUAAGACCAUUAAUAUUAAGCUUUCAGUGUCAGUUCGAUUAACUAUCCAUGCUUCAAUGUCAACUUAUCGAAUCGCAGUCGAAUAGGAAUCAAAUCUUCAUUAAUAAUGUAACUACUCAGAGCGCGGUAUAAAGCCAAUUUCGCUGUCAUUGUUAUAACCAUUAAUUCUCGAGUUAUUACCUAAAUUACCUGUAUUUCGUUUUAGUGAGAGACUAAAAACUAGAGAUGCCCCGAAUAGUGCUUUUGGCCGAAUACCGAAUAUUCGGCACCUCUCUCGGCCGAAGCGCCGAAUACGGAGACCGAAUAUUUGGCAUGACAUGCAAAUACUUUUAGUUACAAUUAUUAUGAAAACUGUUCGGUGUUCGCCAACAAAGCACAACGUUUAGAUACGAGUAUAUUGUUUGUUGAACAGAGUUAAUGAAUGUAAUUAGCUGACUGUAACUCAAAUCAGACCCAUGAUAAAAAUAAAAUACUUUGUAAUGUAAUCAACAAAUAUUCAAAAAAGGGUCUUCGUAUUUAUUAAAAGACUACAUUCUUACUACAUAUUAGAUAUACCUACUAUAUGGUUAUUUUUAUUGUGUACGUUUUCUUUUUAGGUAGAUGCAACAGAUAUUAAUUUUUAUUUUAGUACGGACGGUUACCGAAUAUUCGGCAAAGUGGCCGAAUAGGCCGAAUACCGAAUACUUAGAUGCCGAAUAUUUGUGGCAUCUCUACUAAAAACCACUUUCAGCCGUAUAUAAAUAUGCUAAUAAAUCCUUGGGGCAAAAUGGAAAUGCAGUGGUAGUAAACUAAAAUAGUGGGUUCAAAUUAAAUUUAAAAUUAUUUUCAAAGUAAAUGAAAAAUAUUUUAAACAAAGAUAUUGCACUUUUUUUCAUAAUUUAAUUUAUCAGUGUAUUUCAAUAUUGAAAAGGAAGAAAAUCAACACCAUUAACACAGUAUCUAAUAAAAAUCUAGCUUUUAACAACCGCUUUUUUUAGUGCCGGGAACCCGCUCGGCGGGUUCUCUAUUCGUAGUUGCUUUCCUCUACAAAGCGGGAAAAUGUUCGUAUCGGCUACGAGCGUAGCGCUACGAAAUCGUUGGCAGUGAAUGUGUUAAAUACUUGUAUGUGUUGAAAUAGUAAAGUACACGUCUACGGUGCUACGUACAUAGACGCGUAGCAAAUGCUACGGAAAAUAUACACUCUUGACAUUAUUUCAUUAAUUUACUGUAAUUUAGUUUGACUGAAUUUGCAUUUAUAUAGUUUUGUAAUUAGCCUUAAGAAUUAGUUAUAAGCAUAGUUUCAUGUUUCAUUUAUGAAUAAUACCUACCUAAAAUAUGAACGAAAUAAAAACGAAUUAUAGACGCUUUUGAGGGCCACUUGUUCUGAUCACUAACCCGAUGUUAACUGGUUAAACCUGGAGUUACCAUGGUUACCGGUACAAUUUGAUACUGGGUUAACGAUUUAACCGGUUAACCCCGGGUUAAUGAGAUGGUGCAAGUGGCUCUAAGUGAUUUUAUGCUUAUUAUUUUAUUAUUUAUGCUCCGUCAGCGUUCGAGCCACCCCCGAUCAUUGAUCGGAAACAAAAUCACCUCUCAAAAUCAGACACAUUGUGAAUAAAUGAGCACAUACCAGUUUCACUAAUACUUUAAUCAGAUUAUUUAAUUUAUUUCCAUACUAAAACUAACAGGCCAAUUCGAUCGUACACUGACAUCAGAAUAAUAUUUGAAUCAUGUUAUUUACUUAUCGUGCUCGCCCACGCCAAUACAUGUACGGACAUGUACGACUGAAAUGCACGAUAACUGAAUGACAUCAGCUAGAUGUCAUUCUUAUACCAGCCAUCAUCAUCCUCGCGUUGUCCCGGCAUUUUUUGCCACGGCUUAUGGGAGCCUGGGGUCCGCUUGGCAACUAAUCCUAAGAAUUGGCGUAGGCAGUAAUUUUUACGAAAGAGACUGUCAUCGGAGCUUCCAAUACAGAGAGGAAACUAGGCCUUAUUGGGAUUAGUCCGGUUUCCUCAUGAUGUUUUCCUUCACCGAAAAGCGACUGGUAAAUAUCAAAUGAUAUUUCGUACAUAAGUUCCGAUAAACUCAUUAGUAUGAGCCGGGGUAUGAACCCGCGAUCUCUGGAUCGAAUGGCGCACGUUCUUGCAAUGCUUUUUCUCCAUACAAAAUACUACUCAUCCAUAUUUACCCGUAUUCUUUUGUAUGGAGACGGCCGCUAUAUGACUGCACCGCUAUCCUAGGAAAACAGGGACCCAUUUUUCGAACCAUUGGCCUAUUUCUCGAAUGGUUUUAGACUAAUAUUAUUAAUCCACGAACUGAGGCCCAUUUCUCGAACCAUAUUAGUCUAAUAUUAUUAGUGUGUUGCCAUGGUAACCCAUACGAUUUGACAGUUCGUGGAGUAAUAAUAUUAGUCUAAUACCGUUCGAGAAAUGGGCCCCAGUCAAGUCGUAUGGGUUACCAUGGCAACAUACUUAUAAUAUUAAACUAAUACCGUUCGAGAAAUAGCCCCCAUAUUAGGCUAAUAUUAUUAAUGUGUUGUCAUGGAAACCCAUACGAUUUGACAGUUCGUGGACUAAUAAUAUUAGUCUAAUACCGUUCGAGAAAUGGGCCCCUGAGCUUCACCUUCGUAUGCUUAGGAGCAGAUCUGCUCCAUAUAUAUUCAACCAAAUUCAACUUAAACAUUUGAAGAUGUCAUGGUUGCUAAAUAAAUGACAAUUUUUUGACAGGCGCAUACGAAAGGUUAACACGAGUCAUCUUUAUCUGUGGUUCCGUCACUUUGCAUACUAAAACCACCUAAAACUAAGUGUUACUGUUAUGGUCCAUAUUGCGGUGAGACUGCGUCGCGUCAUGUUCACUUUAGAUGACAAUCUGUUUUGUAAUGGCUUGAUACACAAAUGUUUGUUGUUAUGUCUCAUUUUAUGAUACGAACAGCAUAUUGUGUUGAUCAAAUAUUAAGAUUUAUAAAACCUUGUAUUUUUUGGGAAAAUUAACUCAUUUGAAAAUUAUUGUUCAUAUCAGUUAUUAUAAUUCAAUUUUUUUCAUAAUUACCUAUGAAGUAUAUAUGCUUAGAGCUUUGCUGAAAAAUAAUAUUACUUAAAUUAAAUACAGGUCAGUUAUAAUUACUCAUAAUUUAGUAUUAGUGUACUAAUUUUUACAAUAAAGUAUGGAUAAGUACAAUAGUUUGUGAAUACAUAUCCUCGACGACUUGUGUAAAUACAAUGUUAUAAUAAAUGCAUUAUGAAACUG